CUGAUUACAAGCAGUGAAAAAGUUGUAAACAUUGGUUCGUACAUUGGAUGUUUUUACUCUGAAAUGAGAGCCUGUGUAUUUCUAAGAUGCGAAAAUGAAGAUUUUGGUGGCAGUGGUAUUACUAUGCACCACUUUUAACGAAAUCCUAGGUUUCCCGUGUACCUGUCCGCCACACCUUUUCUCCUGUGGGAAUUGCAUCUGUAUCCCAGAGAGAUGGGCGUGUGAUGGCGAUAACGACUGCCAGAACAACUUUGAUGAAGAACAUUGUGUGACAGGGACAACGCCCACAUGUCCAGCCAAUCACUCGCCCUGUGACAAUGACAGGUGUGUAAGUAACGACUGGAUAUGUGAUGGUGACAACGAUUGUGGGGAUAACAGUGACGAACUCAAGUGUUCUGUUUCAACAGGAAGUUGUGAUGAGAAUGAGUUUCGAUGUGACAACGGUGAAUGUGUGCCAACAGGAUGGAGGUGUGACCAUGACAAUGAUUGUGGCGACAAUUCUGAUGAGAAAUGUCUGACCGAGGUAAUGAUGUGCAGUAGUAAACAGUUUGCGUGUGGCGAUGGCUCCUGUAUUCCUCAAUCUUGGCGCUGUGAUAAAGAUCCUGACUGUACUGAUGGAGCUGAUGAGAAGAAGUGCAACAAAGAGAAGCUGUUCUGUGGGAAGGACGAGUUCAAAUGUCUGCAUUCCUUCACCUGUAUCCCAAAACGGUUGAAGUGUGACCUCAACAAUGACUGUGGAAACUGGGAAGAUGAGGCUGAUUGUGCCCUGUUUUCCGAGUGUAAAGAUGAAGAGUUCCGCUGUAACGACACAAUGUGUAUCAACAAGGAAUGGAGAUGUGACGGAGAUAUAGAUUGUGAUGAUCGCUCAGAUGAAGAGAACUGCAGCCUUUCCACUGUGUGUGAGAUGGAGGAGUUCCGCUGUGAUACAGGGUUGUGUAUACAGAAAAAAUUCCACUGUGAUGGUUACUACGACUGUCCCGACAACAGUGACGAGCGAGGCUGUGCUAACAGUAAGGAGUGUGGGAAGAAACAGUUCCAGUGUAUGAACCAUAACUGUAUAGAUAACAAGUUGGUAUGUAAUGGUGUCAACGACUGUGACGACAACUCUGACGAACGUAACUGUAACCAGGGGAAAACUGCAGCUUGUGGGAUUGCUCAAUUUUUAUGUAAAAAUAAACAAUGCAUUGGGAACAAGAAAGUGUGUAACUUUGUUGAUGACUGCGGUGACAACUCGGACGAGGAGGACUGUGAAUUCCCUGGAGACUGCUAUGUAAAGAAUGGUGACUGUGAGCAGUUCUGUAUCAGUACAUCUAAAGGACCACACUGUUCCUGUAAGCUCGGUUACCAGCUGAGAGAGGACCGUAAAACCUGUGAGGACUUAAAUGAAUGUAGCUGGGAGGGCACCUGUAGCCAGAUCUGUCAGAACCAACCAGGGUCCUACACCUGUCAAUGUGUGGAGGGAUAUAAACUCAAGCCAGACAAACGAGGCUGUAAGGCUAGAGGAGGGAAGGCAUACCUGAUAUUUGCUAACCGAGUCGACAUACGUAAACUUCUGCCAGACCAAUCCGAGUUUGACUCCAUCUUAGAGGGCCUACCUAACGCUAUUGCUCUAGACUUCCAUCAUGAAAAAGGCCUUGUCUUUUGGUCCGACAUUGCCCUGGACAAGAUCAAACGGGCUUACAUCAAUGGCAGUCAAAUUCGGGAUGUGGUGAAGUAUGGAUUAGAGAGUCCAGGAGGGAUCGCAGUGGAUUGGGAACACAAUCUCCUGUUCUGGGCUGACUCUGGGACAUCAACUAUUGAAGUCACAGAUUUGGAGGGGAAAUACCGCAAAGUCCUCUACUGGAACCAGAUGGAAAAGCCGCGUGCCAUUGUAGUUCAUCCUGGUCAGGGCUCAAUAUUUUGGACGGACUGGGGAAGUGUACCAAAGAUCGAGCGUGGAAACAUGGAUGGAACUGAGCGAAUGGUAUUAGCGAAUACAUCACUUUUCUGGCCGAAUGGUCUGACACUGGACUACGCUACAGACAAACUCUACUGGGCAGAUGCUAAGCACCAUGUCAUAGAAUGCUCAGACCUCUACGGCAAGAAUAGGCGCACUGUUAUAGACAGAGGUCUGCCACACCCAUUUGCCCUGACUUUGUUUGAGGAUGAACUAUACUGGACAGACUGGCAUACCAAGAGUAUAAAUAAAGCUAACAAGUUCACCGGCAAUGAUGUGGAAACAAUCCGCAAUCGUCUCCACUUCCCCAUGGAUAUCCACACAUUCCAUCCACAAAGACAACCCAUGUUUGAGAAUCAUUGUGGAGGAAACAAUGGUGGUUGUAGUCACCUGUGUCUGCCUAACCGUCAGGACUACUCCUGUUCCUGUCCGACUGGUCAACGCCUGUCCAAGGACAGACUCAUCUGUGUACAGUCUAUGGAGAAUUUCCUGGUGUUCUCUACGAGGUCAGACCUUCGCCGCAUCAGCAUGGACACUCCGGACAAGACAGAUGUGGUCAUCCCUCUAGUCAAUGUGGUCAGUGCAGUAGGUGUGGACUUUGACGCCUCACUGGACAUGAUAUACUGGACAGACACAGGAACAGACACCAUCAGUAGGGCUCACUGGGACGGAUCUCAGGAGGAGGUGGUUGUGGGUAACUGUUUGGAGUUUCCGACUGGACUGGCUGUUGACUGGCUGGGCCGUAAAAUGUAUUGGACAGACUCGGAACUGGAUGUCAUUGAAGUAUCAAACCUCAACGGAACUGUUCGAAGCAUCCUCAUUUGGGAACGUCUUGACCAGCCCCGUGACAUCAUAGUUGAUCCUAACAAAGGGUUCAUGUAUUGGACUGACUGGGGAAAGAAUGCCAAGAUCGAGAAAGCAGGCAUGGACGGCAAAGGGCGUCACGCUCUGAUAAGCACCAACUUGACAUGGCCCAACGGCUUGGCACUGGACCAGAAGAGAAACAGAAUCUAUUGGACAGACGCAGGUCGAAAAAUGAUUGAAUCGUCGACGACAGAGGGACUGGAAAGACAGGUGAUCAUUUCUGUGGACUUGCCUCGGCCAUUUGGUCUGGCACUUCACAACAACCAGAUUUUCUGGACAGACUGGAUUGAUAAGGGCAUCCACAUGGCCAGCAAGUUUGACGGAUCCAGUCGCCAGACACUCCGUAGUAACCUUGGCCAUGUAAUGGAUGUUCGUAUGUUCCACAAACCCAAACAGAAACGACAGACACCCUGCCAGGUUAACAAUGGAGGAUGCAGCCAUCUUUGUCUGAACAAUGCGGAGCCACAGCGUUACAGCUGUGCUUGUCCGACAGGUGUUGUCAUGAAAUCUGACGGAAAAACUUGUGAAGAUGAUAUGACAAACUUCCUGAUAUUUGCACGCCGUACGGAUAUCAGGAAAAUCUCUCUAGAAGUGGAAUACUUUGCUGAUGUUGUGAUUCCGCUCGGAGAAUUAAGGAACGCCAUCGCAGUGGAUGUGGAUUCUGUCCGAGGUAAAUUAUACUGGACAGACACAGUUCUCGACAAGGUCAUGCGGGCCAACCUUGACGGAUCACAAGUCGAGGAGGUCAUCCGUAAUGGCCUUGAUACGCCAGAUGGUCUGGCUGUGGAUGAGGUCGGAGGCAAGGUGUAUUGGACAGAUACUGGACUCAACAGAAUCGAAGUUGCAGAUAUUGAUGGUACCAUGAGGAAAGUUCUGUUUUGGAGGGACAUAGACAAACCAAGGGCCAUAACUCUCCACUAUGAUGCUGGAUUCCUGUAUUGGACAGAUUGGGGAAAGAACCCAAAGAUAGAGAGAGCUGAUAUGGAUGGUCAGAACAGAGUUACGGUCAUCAAGGAAAAUCUGGGCUGGCCAAACGGACUGGUUAUUGACCGACCAACAGCAAGGCUGAUCUGGGCUGAUGCCAGGAUGGAGGUGAUAGAAAGUACAGACCUACAUGGACAAAAUAGGAGAGUUUUGGUGUCCAAGAUUAACCACCCGUAUGGACUGACUGUGGCGGGGAACCAUCUCUACUGGACAGACUGGCUAAAGAUGGCCAUAUUCCAGGCCGACAAGGACAGUGGUCAGAACCAGACAAUACGACGUCGGAACAUGUCAGGUCUGAUGGACAUCCAUGCUGUCCAGCUUAAAAGAGAAGGUACUGACAUAGUAAACAAGUGUGGGAAAAACAAUGGAGGAUGUAGCCAUCUUUGUCUUCCGAAUCCCCGAGGAUUUUCCUGUGCCUGUCCAACGGGCCUGCUGAUGACAGAGGACAAAAAAACAUGUAACGAAAUGCCAAGCAAGUACCUGCUGUUUGCUAGUCGUGGGAGUAUCCGACACAUCUCCCUGGAUACCACGGAUUUGACCGAUGUUUAUCUUCCUAUGAAUGAUCUCCACAAUGUCAUAGCUUUGGAUUACGACAAACGGGACAAUAAGAUGUACUAUACUGAUGUACACCUGGACGUCAUCAGGCGUUCUAACUUAGAUGGUACAGUGCCGGAGACCAUUGUUUCCAAGAACCUUGAAACGACAGAUGGACUGGCUGUGGAUUGGAUUGGCCGCAAUCUUUUCUGGACAGAUACAGGUCGCGAUGUUAUUGAGGUGGCUUGGCUGGAUGGUUCCUAUAGAAAAAGACUGAUUUACAAAAACCUGGACGAACCUCGUGCUAUUGCAUUAUUUCCUAGUAAAGGACUGAUCUACUGGACUGACUGGGGAGCUGAACCUAAGAUAGAGAAGGCUUUUAUGGACGGGACAAACCGCUCAGUCAUCAUACGGACCAGUUUAGGCUUCCCCAAUGGUUUGUCUAUUGAUUAUUCUGCAAAUCGACUUUACUGGGUGGAUGCCAAACUAGACAAAAUAGAGACUUCAGACCUGGCUGGAGGAAAUCGUGUGACCCUCAUACAGCAUAUCUCCCAUCCUUUUGGCCUUGUUGUGUAUGGAGAUCACAUAUACUGGACCGACUGGCAGACCGAGCUGAUAGAGAAGGCCAGCAAGUAUACAGGCAAGAACCGGGAGGUCAUUCAGCAGAGUCUGGAGGGACUCAUGGACAUAGAGGUUGUGGCAGACGACAGGCAGACAGGUGAGAAUGGCUGUUCCAAUAACAAUGGUGGCUGUACACACCUGUGUCUUGCCAAUCCCUAUGGAUACACCUGUGCCUGCCCUGACAAGAAGGACAGCAUCGCCUGCCUUGUAUAUCCUGUCAACAUCCACCUGAUGCCAGGAACUGAUCCUCAUCUCACCAGGCAGCCUGAAAGGGAAUGCUCUGCAGAAGAUGCUUCACAAGGGCUAUGUGAGCAGCCACCUAUAGUAAAGGCUGCAAGUCCAGUAAGCAGUAACUGGAUGAUGCUGGUGGUAGGUGUGGUCAUCGUCCUGGUGGCCAUAGUGGUCAGUGUGGUGGCCUGUCGCAUCUAUAAAAGACGCAGAAGGCAGGCAUAUAAUGUGGAUAAUGGGGAAUUUUUGGCACUCAAUUUUGCCAAUCCUACAUAUCAAAAGACAAGCACAGAAACAAUCAACUCUGUGUCAUCUACUUCCUCCAGACUUUGGAGAAUUUUUCGUUUUAAUAAAAAUCGUGAUCAGGUUCAAUUUUUGGAAUCGUCACAAGAAAAUGGACUCAAUAAUUCUGAGACUUGUAUUUUAGUUCGACAUAGAGAGGGUGGUGGCCAUGUGUCACAGCCAAUGGCAAUGUCGGUGAACAGAAGCUUAUUUAAAGCAAAGACUUCAAAUCAAUCUAAAGAACAGAAAGCUAAUGUUCCAUACAGGCCAGUGGACACGUGAGAUAUGUAGCACCAUGCGGCAUCAUGCUCGUGUGGUGCGGACACAAAUACACAAGACAAUUCAGGGUCCUCUCAGGGCCAGUCUACAAGGAGCAUAUAUACCAUUUAUUGUGUGCACCCGUGGAUAAGAGGCUGUUUCAGGCCCAAGUGAUAUGGGCAUACAUGAAUUAAAGGCUGCUUCAGGACCAUGUGGUGUUUGUAACCUUUGAUUAUAGGCUCUUUAAGGACCAGACAAAUAGCCAUGUGACCCCCAUGAAUUAAGCAUUGCUUCAGGACCAUGUGAUGUGGGUAACCAUGGAUUAAAGGCUCUUUCUACCAUAUAAUGUGGUCACCAUGGAUAAUGUGGUCACCGUGGAUUAAAGGGCCCUUCAGGGCCAGACAGGUUUUUUUAAUAUUUCAAUUUAAGAAUAAAUUUUGAACCUUCAAACAAUUGAAUCCACAAAAAAAAAAUUCAAAAAAUAUGUCGUACGUGAGAAGUUUCCUUUGGAUGUUGAACACUCGCUGUGUUAACAGUGUAAUAGCACAAGGCAAGUGUAGCCAGACUGUUAUUGAUAUACAGUGCUAUAAAUAGUAACAACUUAUGUACAAUGUAUAGGUUCAGUUUUCUACCAAAUGGCAUUUGUAUGAAUACAUGUUUGUUGUAUGAUUUAUGAGGAAUAUUUAUGAAUGAAUGAGAUAUGCAUUUCCAUUAAAAAAUAACUUACCAUGGUUUUACCACAACAGGUGCUAACCUCAGCCAAUCUUAAAGUUAGUGUCACAUUAACUAACAACCAUUUAUUUGUUUUGGAUAUUCAGUUGAUAUUAAAGUAUUUAUUUUCCACUAAAUAUGACAGUAUCUUACACUAGUUAUCCUCCAAUCACAGCAUUGUUUACAUACAUGUCGUCAUAACAUUGAUAUUAGGGUAUCUGUAUGUAUCGAUUGGAAUCACGUGUCUUAAUUAUAUGUGCUCAUAAAUGUGACAUUCAUUCUCAGACUGUGUUGACAUCUUUUAUCUAAAGUGUUAUUUGAGGCUACGUCGAAGUGAUACCUGCCAUGUGACUACAUCUUAUUUCAGCAGUCAUGUGACUAUUUCAGCAGUCAUGCGACUAUUUCAAUAGUUAUAUGACUAUUUCAUUGGUCAUGUGGUCAUGUGACCAUUUCAGUAUUCGUGUGACUUUUUCAUUGUUGAUGUGAUGUUUCAUUGGUCAUGUGACUAUUUCAAUAGUCACAUAACUAUUUUGAUCAUGUGACUAUUUCAGUAGUUAUGUGACCGUUUCAUUGGUCAUGUGACUAUUUCGGUAGUCAAAUAACUAUUUCAAUAAUCAUGUGACUAUUUCAGUAAGUGUGUGACUGUUUCAUUGGACAUAUAGUCAUGUGACCAUUUCAGUACUCCUGUGACUAUUUCAUUGGAGAUGUGAUACAUUGGUCAUGUGACUGUUUCAAUAGUCACAUACCCUGGUAACUAUUUCAAUGAUCAUGGGACUUAUGUUAUUGUCUCAUGAUUUGAUUAAUUUCUUUUCGAAUUUGAACAAUAGAUACAAUAAUGUGAUGUAUGAUUAACACCAGCACAUCUAUUCUGUAGAAUUUUCAUUUCACUCAAUUACGACUGUUAUGACUCCCAAGUGUUUCAAUACAUAUACAGAUGUAUGAUAUAAUGAUAUGUACAUUUAUUUGUACCUGUUAUCUCUGUUUCUUUGUGGCAGCUUAAUUGUAUUCAUAACUUACCUUGUGCUUACUGAAUUCUGCAGUUUCUGUAAAUGGAAGUUUAAAAAAAAAAAAUAUGUUGUUAUCAAUAUCAUGAUAUUAUUUGUACUGUAUUCUGGCUGUGUCAAACACAUGUAGUCGACCCAGUCCUGAUUCUUAACUGUGUCAUUUAUUGGAAAAUAUCACUCAAUAACCAACAUUUCUAUAGUCAUGGAAUUUAGCCAAAAGCAUGCUGCGAUGGUGGUCUAUAAAACUUUGUUCAAAUGGAUUACCAAAGCAUUUUCUGUUUUGUUAAAAAAAAAAUACAUUUCACUUCACACAAUUGCAAAAAGACAAACUGUCAUUGGCCGAAAUGCUGAAUGUAAGGUUUACAUGUUCCCCUGAUUAUAUAUCUAUAGCUAGUUUAUGAAUUGUUUUUAAUAAUAAUUUGUUUUCAUUUUACAACACUUAGGAAACAAGUUUUCGUCAAGUUUUAAGAAUCACUCUAUAAGGAUCAAUGAUGCCAUUUUAAUCUUUUAAACAAAUAAAAAUGACAUGCAUUAUUAUUUUCCAGUUUCUUUAUUACUACUGUUUAAACCUUAGGUAUCUAUGGUACUUUGGAAGCUUAAUUGAUCCAAUUUGCACUUUCUCAACUUGUGUAUGAAUACCUGGGUCUAUAUGUACAAACCUACACAAUCUGUACUGUUAAUGCACUCUCUACUCAGAACUUUGUUGCCAAACUCUUAUUUCUAACUCAGGUGUUUUAAGCUCCAUUAUUGAUGGACAAUGUACAGUUUAUUACAAAUAUCAUUUUAUAAUCAAAAGAUAGCAUUAGUUUUAGUCACAUGAAAACUCUUUCUAAUUUAUUUAAUAAGUCAGAUGUUUCCUGUAAGUGUAGUAGGGGCUAAAUUUGUUUGCCUCAUUUGUCUGUCUGCCUCUCUCACAUCACUCUAGCUGUCGUAUUAUUGACAAAAUCUUACUGAAACUUCACUUGGACACGAUCUUAUAUCAGCAUGAUAGUACAAUGAUUAAGGUCAAUGUUACUAAUAAUAGAAUUAUGCUGUCGUACACAAUGUCAUUACUCUUGCUGUGGUAUUAAACCACAUUUUGAUGAAACAUAAGUUUGACAAGAUUGAAUAUCGGCUUGAUUGGCUGAAAGUCAAAGACACUGAACUGAAAAUAGAAUUUUUCCAAAACUUAAGAAAUAUGAUGUUUUUUUCUCACACAUCUUGAUUCUUACCAGGAUAAUUGCUAACGUCCGUCUGUUUCCUGAUGAACUUCAUUUGCACCUCUACAUGUCCAUAAUCAUAGAAUGUAGGUUGGAAGGCAAGGGUAUUUGUAGAACUUUUUUUUUAAUGACUGAAUGUGUAUAAAUGAGAUACAAUGUAUACGCCACGGUCAAUGUUUUUGUUUUGAUUUUCUUCAUAUCUCUCUCUCUCAAAAAGUUUAUUUUUAACAAAAUUAGUGUGGUUAUGAAGCAUUUUUAUCAACAUCAAAAUAUGACCUCCAUUCCUUUGAUAAUGAGGAUAUCUUGAAAUCUAAGAAGUUAUUUUAUUGACAGAUACUUAAAUGUUUUUUUUAUUUUUCAUGAUUUCCUUGACAUGUAUCAUCAAUCAAUGAAUACAGGUGUGAAUGCUAUUUUUACCGGUAACUAUGAGAAACUAUUUUUACAUUAAAAUUUGUAUUUGUAAGUAGCUAUAUAGGUACUUGCAUCAUUAUACUACCAUCAACUGAUCAAUAUACUUACAUGUUGCUGAUUAUUUUUAUACAGCAGGCUUAUCAUGACAAACAUUUUUAGUUUUUACAUUGUAAUAUUUCUUGUAAUUUUUAAGUAUUUAAAGAGGUCCAUUACAGGUUGUGGUGUGCCUAAAUAUUUCAAUUACAUUUUUAAGUGCAAUACGGAUAAUUUUGAAUGGAAAUGACAGAAAAAGUAAUCCUUCUAUGUGUUGUGUAGGUGAUGUGCAUACCGAUAGCUGGAUAAAGUCAUGAUCAUCACAAUCUAUUUUAAAAAUCUUGUCAGUAACGGCAUAUUACUUAUAGCAUUAAUGUCAUGUGAUAUCAGCAUCAGUGUCCUGUCGGCAUCAGUGUCAUAUGAUGUCGGCAUCAGUGUCAUAUGAUGUCGGCAUCAGUGUCAUAUGAUGUCGGCAUCAGUGUCAUAUGAUGUCGGCAUCUGUGUCAUAUGAUAUCGGCAUCCAUGUCAUAUGAUAUAUCGGCAUCAGUGUCGUGUGAUUUCUGCAUCAAUGUCAUAUGAUAUUGGCAUCACUGUCAUGUGAUAUCGGCAUCAGUGUCAUAUGAUCUUAACAUCAGUGUCAUGUGAUCUUAACAUCAAUGUCAUGUGAUCUUGGCAUCAAUGUCAUAUGAUCUUGGCAUCGGUGUCGUGUGAUAUCGGCAUCAGUGUCAUAUGAUCUUGACAUCAGUGUCAUAUGAUCUUAACAUCAAUGUCAUGUGAUCUUGGCAUCAAUGUCAUAUGAUCUUGGCAUCGGUGUCGUGUGAUAUCGGCAUCAGUGUCAUAUGAUCUUGACAUCAGUGUCAUAUGAUCUUGGCAUCAAUGUCAUAUGAUCUUGGCAUCGGUGUCGUGUGAUUUCGGCAUCAGUGUCGUGUGAUAUCGGCAUCAAUGUCAUAUGGUAUCGGCAUCAGUCAUGAUAUCGGCAUCGAGUGUCAUGUGAUACGGCAUCAGUAUCAUAUGAUCUCGGCAUCAGUAUCAUGUCGGCAUCAGUGUCAUAUGAUUUUGGUAUCGGUGCCAUAUCAUGUCGGCAUCAGUGUCAUGCGAUUUCGGCAUCAGUGUCAUGUGAUAUCGGCAUCACUGUCAUGUCGUCAUCAGUGUCAUAUGAUGUUAGAAUCAGUGUCAUAUUGUCUCGGCAUAUGAUCUCAGCAUCAGUGUCAUGUCCGCAUCCGUGUUAUAUGAUAUCUGAAUCAGUGUCAUGCGAUUUCGGCAUCAGUGUCAUGUGAUAUCGGCAUCAGUGUCAUGUGAUCUCGACAUCACUGUCACGUGAUCUUGACAUCAAUGUCAUAUGAUAUCGGCAUCAGUGUCAUGUGAUCUUGACAUCAAUGUCAUAUGAUCUUGACAUCAAUGUCAUAUGAUCUUGACAUCAAUGUCAUAUGAUCUCGGCAUCAGUGUCAUGUGAUCUUGACAUCAAUGUCAUAUGAUCUUGGCAUCAAUGUUAUAUGAUCUUGGCAUCAGUGUCAUGGCAUUGUGAUCUUUGCAUCAAUGCCAUAAAGUGAUUAUGGCAUAAUUGUCACAUGAUCCUGGCCUGUCAUCAGUGUCAUGUGACAAUGGAGCAAAUGUCACAUGUUCCUGGAAUCACUGUCAAGAAAUUCUAACAUCAGUACCAUGUGAUAAUGGCAUCAGUGUCAUGUGGUUCUGGCACCAGUACUACCUGAUACCGACAUCAGUGUCACAUGAUACUGACAUCAAUGUCACAUGAUCAUGGAGUCAGUGUCAUGUGAUCCUGUCAUCAGUGUCACAUGAUAGUGACAUCGAUGUCACAUGAUCAUGGCGUCAGUGUCAUGUGGUCCUGUCAUCAGUGUCACAUGGAUGUCAUGUGAACCUGUCAUCAGUGUCAUGUGGCCCGUCAUCAUUGUUGUAUGGUCAAAUUUUCUAUAACCAAUGCUGGAGUUAAGUUAUAUGUACCAUUUGAUAUUAAGACUUGAUUUUGUCAGACCCGAAAGACAGGUUGUAAGAAAUUGAGAGAUUGUUAGAAAGUAUGUCCAUACAUUGAAAUAUCCACAGUUUGUAGAGAUGAGACCUUCCCUAUUAGUAAUAUUUGUCAAAUCUCCAUAGUUGUAUAUAGUGAACAAAAAUGCUAAAUAUAUUUGUUCAAAUUUUUACAAAAUAUUAUUACAUUUUAUGAUGUGUUUCAAAUGAUUUUCUAGAAUUUUGAUUACAUUGAUAUUGUAUUCGACUGUGCCAUUAUUAUUUAUUUUUUUACAUCCAAUGUUUAUACGUAUGUACUUAGAUGACUGUUCUGACAUUGUCAUCUCUUUAAAUUUGUCUGGUUAUGACAUUGUCAGUAUAACUGUAUAAUUUGUCUGGUUAUGACAUUGUCAGUAUAACUGUAUAAUUUGUCUGGUUAUGACAUUGUCAGUAGCUGUAUAAUUUGUCUGGUUAUGACAUUGUCAGUAACUGAAAUUUGUCUGGUUAUGACAUUGUCAGUAACUGUAUAAUUUGUUUGAUUAUGACAUUGUCAAUAACUGUAUAAUUUGUCUGGUUAUGACAUUGUCAGUAACUGUAUAAUUUGUUUGAUUAUGACAUUGUCAAUAACUGUAUAAUUUGUCUGGUUAUGACAUUGUCAGUAACUGUAUAAUUUGUCUGGUUAUGACAUUGUCAAUAACUGUAUAAUUUGUUUGAUUAUGACAUUGUCAAUAACUGUACAAUGUGUGUGGUUAUGACAUUUACAUUGUUAAUGACUUCACGAUUUGUCUGGUAAAGACAUUUACAUUGUCAAUAACUUUAUGAUUUUUCUAGUUAUGACAUUUUAUGAAGCUGUACAACUUGUCAGCAAGCUCAUGUUCCUCUAGUAAUAGAGCAUCUUAUUAGUCAAAAUCAUUGUUUAUCGAUAAUGGACGAUUUUUAAAUAAUUUGGCACACAUUUUUUUCUUAAAUUUGUUUCAGGAAUUGCAAUAAGUAUGAUGUCAUUAAAGCUAUACUACAGUGAUUCUAGCUGUGUAUGAAACUCAGUAUGGCGAUAUGUUAGCAAUGUGUUGGUGUGUGAUUUACAUGGAUGUUCAUGGUCAGAGACUGUUUAUCUGUGUCAAAGUAAUUCGCUCCUACUGACAUUGUAUAUAAUCUGUGAUUAUUAAAUUUGUAACGAAGACA